UUUGACGCAUAAAAUAUUUGAUAAUUAUGGAUUUAAUUGAUGAAAUAUAUUGUGCCGAACAAAUUAAAAUACCCGUGAAUUUUCCAUAUAUUUUAAAACUUUAUGCAAAAUCUGCCAUUCGUACACAACCAUAUGAUUUGCUGAAAUGGUCUUCUGUUUAUUUUCGUUCAAUUGCUGAUGGCAAAAUUCCACCCGUUAAAGAACGAUUGGAGUAUCCGCCUUGUGAACAUCCUUCAAAAAUUACACCGUAUUACCUAAAAUCAUUGCUGAAUCAAUAUGGUCACGUUCGAAGUGUAACCCUUGAAUCACUUUUAACCAGUUGGCAUGAAAUCGGUUUCUCUGAAACGAGUCUUUAUCAGAUAUUAACGAUUGGUCAGUUUCUAAAGGAGCGAGUUUGCGAUUUUUAUCAAUUCUUGGCAAUAGCUUGCGGCCUCCUUGGAAAAAACCUUUUUGAAACGAUGGUGUAUGUUUGUGAGCUCUUGACGGAGGAGCCGGAGGGCGGAUCUGCGAUGAUACCACUGAAAACGUUUCUCAGCCUCUAUGGAUAUCUUGCAAAUCUCAAUUGCACGGAAGAAUCGGAAGCCUUAGAGUUGUGCUUCUGUGAAAGUGUGUCCAACGUCAGAGAAAAUGAGAAGAUGAAUGAGAUCAAAGAAAAAGAAAAAGCCAAGCAAAAAAUGAAAAUAAGCCAAAAAAAUAUUUCUGAUCUUUCAUUUUAUUGUGAGGAACAAAUAGAGGAAACUAUCAAGAUUCCAGAUUCAACAAUUCUCAACAGUACAAAAAUUUCACAAAAUACAAUUUUUGAUAAAGAAGAAGAAAAUUCCGAGAUCUUAAUUCUUUUCGAUCAAAGAACAGAAAUAAAAUCUGAUGACAAUCUCGUGUCACCGAAUCAUUACAAUUUCUUUGAGAUUGAGGACAAGAUGAAUGACGAGAAAAAGGAGGUUAAGAAGAGGACCGAUGAAAGGAACAAAGAUGAUGAUGAUUACAGUUUCUCGUUUAAAGGAGAAGAGACAGAAGUCAGUAGCUUUGAUGAUGAAUGCAUUGAGCAUGAUUUGAAAUACUUGGAGAAUUCUUUGAAUGGUACCUGUGAGAAUAUUGACGUGAAAUUAGACAUUGAAUCCAUAGUCGAGGAAAUCAGUUCUCCAGUAGUUGAUUUUGUCGAGGAGUUCCUGACAAGAAUGAAACUCGAAUUUCCGAAUCCGUGUGAAUUGUUGAAAGUUCCUGGGAUUGGGCCAAAGGUCUCUGAAGAUACAGUGACCAAAGUUGGUCUAUGGUUGGGAGAUUGCUCCCGUCGACAAAACGGAAUUGUUGGACCAAGGAACAUGAGACAUUUCCUCUGUCCAUAUCUCGACGACUUAUCCAGUGCAUGAGGAUUACAAGAGAGAGAGAGAGAAAAAAAAACCUCAAGUACCAUUAAGUCUAUGAGUGUGUCUAGAGUCUGCAUGGCCCCCGAGAAUGAACAGCCAGGAAGUUCCUUUACCAAGUCGACCAUACCUCUCGAGGUGUAUAUAUGUGUGUGAUCGAUCUCUUUCUGCUCUGUAAUUUCAUUUUUCUUUUCUCUCGUUGAAGUUCAAAGACCCCCUCCCCCCUUACUCUGUGAGUUAAGUGCCUUGCUGCGCAAGUCGAAAAGAAAAGAGCUUUCUGCGAGAGGUACUCACGUUUUCACUCCCGUAAAAUGUAACUGCUAAGGAAACAAUGAAAGCAUUACAAUUUUUUUCCAACUGGUAUUGCACUUUUUUCAAGAUAGUAAUUUAUUUUCUCAAUUUGACUUGAUUUCUCAAAAAUUUCUGAAAUUAAAAUAAAAAAAGAAGUAAAAUUUGUUUACUUCUAUUAAUUUAA